AGAAUGACCGAAGGCCCUUUCGUGUACGGCAUUGAGCUAAGGGAUCCACCAACAGCACCGACCGACAUCAGCCAGUACGAUCUGCUCUUCGGUCCCGGGAGCCUUCUGCACCACCAGCACCACGACAACCGCUACAGUAUGGCCGACGAAGGCGACCAGUACUACGGUACGAAUCUGUCGCUAGCGCUCGGUGACGUUCUACGCGAGAACAUCUCCGCUGCCAUUGUUGGAGCGCACAAUCUUACCGGUGACUUUGGCAGUACGGCCAUCAGUUUGCCGCCGGGCACCGGGCAUCACGCAGGAGGACACCGGGGCGGUGACAGUUCCUUUCAGAAUCAGCUCAUCAUCCCGCUGUACGCCAUCAUCUUCUUGCUGUCGGUCGUCGGUAAUCUGUUGGUAAUUUUAACGCUCGCACAAAACAAACGUAUGCGCACGGUGACCAACGUCUACCUGCUGAAUUUGGCAAUUUCCGACCUACUGCUGGGCGUGUUCUGCAUGCCGUUCACCCUCGCCGGCCAGGUGUUGCGGCGGUUCGUCUUCGGAAGUGUCAUGUGCAAAUUAAUACCAUAUUUUCAAGCUGUGUCCGUGUCGGUGGCCGUGUGGACACUGGUAGCCAUCUCGCUCGAGCGCUACUUUGCCAUCUGUCGCCCGUUAUCCUCCCGCCGGUGGCAGACCCAGUUCCACGCGUACAAGAUGAUCGGGCUUGUCUGGACGGUAAGCUUUCUGGCCAACUCACCGCUGUGCUACGUGCAGCGUUUGCAACCGGUCGGCCGUACCACCGGCCAGAUGAAGUGUCGCGAGGUGUGGCCGGACCGGGUGUGGGAGAAAGCGUACGUGCUGUUUCACGACGUGGGCCUACUGUUCCUGCCGCUGCUCACGAUGGGUUUCGCCUACUCGAUGAUAGUGUCGAAACUGUGGCGAGGUCUCCGUCACGAAAUUAAACAUUCGUCACUGUACCAGCAAACAAGCAAACCGGGCCCGGGUGGUCCGGGCCCGGCCGGUGCUUGUGCAGCGGGCGGUACAGCGGUCGGCAGCACUUGUCCAGGUCCGGGCGAAACUGGGACCAUGGUCGGUGGCGUCGAGCAACAUUCGCAUCCCACAGCAGCCGGAAGCGGAUCAGCGGUGACAGCUGGGCACGACGCCAGCAAACCGUUGAAGGGUACGGGCACGGGCAAGAGGUUCGAGGCAGGUUUUGUGUUAACGUCGAGCCUCAAAAAAGGACCCUUCAAAACGUCAACAGCCGUCGUAAACUUCGCGAGCAACAACAACACGAUCGGUAAGGGAAACUUUAACAGUGGAGGUAAUGGCGGCUCAGGAUGCGGUGGCACCACUACCAAUGGUGCCGGCACCAGCGGCAACCCUUGCAGCAGUGGUGUGAGUAAUGGCAGUAACGCCGGCAGUAAUGGUAAUGGCAGCUCCAAUACGGCGGACAGAACACUCUACUGUGGAGGUGUUGGAUGCGAGGCUCGAACCGGUCGCCUGCGAGGCUUUUGCCACUUCUUCGCCAAGCAGCAGCGUGGUGGACUCUGCCGGAAUCAUCGAUACCAUCUCAGCAGCAGCACCUCGCCGGAAGGGCUGCCGGAGCUGGCUGAAACGAAGUUUGACGAAACGCCCGCGCAUCAGGCACACCAGCAGCAGCAUCCCUACCAUCAUCACUGCCACCAUGCGCACGGUUACCAUCAUCACCAUCACCACCGGAUGCCGACCACCAUCGUGAAGAGUGCGCAGCAGGACGCAAAGCACGAGAUCGUCCUGGGCACUGGCGAACCCGGCCCACUGGAGACGGGCGGCGGUGGAGGCGGCGGCGACGAUGGUGGGCUGUUACCGGGCGGUGGCACCAACAACGCGGGCGCACCGAACCCGUCGACCGGCAACCCAACCGCCACGGCAACCGGUGACGAUGCCAAGACGGACGCGAGCUACCAGUUUUCGCGGCACGCCAUUCGCUCCACCUACAUGGACAAGAGCAUCGAGGCGAAGAAGAAGGUUAUACGGAUGCUGUUCGUGAUAAUCGUCGAGUUCUUUGUCUGCUGGGCACCGCUCCACAUACUCAAUACGGUCUAUCUCUAUUCGCCCUCCUUCGUCUACCAGUACGUCAACAGCAGCGGAAUCGCCCUGGUACAGCUGAUGGCGUACAUCAGCUCCUGCUGCAAUCCCAUCACGUACUGCUUUAUGAACAGACGCUUCCGGCAGGCAUUCCUCGGCAUCUUCAACUGCUACCGUAGCCGCAUGCCAAUCUGCUGCUGCUUCUGCUGCACGUCGAAGAGCGGCCCGAUGGACGGGGCCGAGUCGAAGGCGGCCGCCUAUCUGCGCCAGAACACCAUCAACCAGUCCGGUGCGGAGCGCAACAACUCGGACAUGUCCGGUAACGAUUCGCUGGUAUACGUCGGCCGCGGACUCGUGCAGCGAUCCGAGAUAUUGAUUCUGGAAUCCGAGGAUCGGGUUUAGCACCGGUUCCGAUCACGUGAACAGCUCCGUUUCGAUCGUAAACUCGAUCAGCAGUGCGAGAAUCGCUCAGAUCAUCGAAACGGACCCGGAUGACGAUUCGUUUCGGUUGCGUAUCACGUGGUCAAAGCCCACCUCGGCUAACUACUCAAAGACUGUAGGCGGUUGUGAUAGCGAGCGCUACUCGUAGACGCACGAGUCAACUAUUUAAUUGCGGACGCAGGAGGG